UUAUGUAGUUGGAAGAUAUGAGAAAUGAGUGUUGGACGCAGAAGAUUAAAGCUGCUGGGAAUUCUGAUGAUGGUAAACAUUUUUAUUUAUGUGAUUGUGGAAGUCUCAAAAAGUGGCAACCAAGAGAAGAAUGCAAAAGGCCAUGUUAUUAUACCACGCAGCAAAUUCUGGAGAAAAUAUACUCCUCACAAAGCUUAUUGGAACAAACAGCAACAGAAGCUUGAACUGCUGUACAACCCUAUUCUGACCUUGCUUUCCAAUAUGACUGUGGAAGAGAACUUAGUUUCAAACUCGAGUGUUCUCAGUUCCUGUGACCCUGACCCGUGGGUACCUUCAGAGGUUAGUGACUUUGCAAACUUGCCAGACAGAUUCAAAGACUUUCUACUUUAUUUGAGAUGUAGAAAUUAUUCAUUAUUAAUGGAUCAGCCAAACAAGUGCAAACAUAAACCUUUUCUGCUGCUGGCUAUUAAGUCACUUACACCCCAUUUUGACAGAAGGCAAGCAAUUAGGGAGUCCUGGGGCAAGGAAAUAAAAUCGGGGGAUGUGACAGUCAAAAGGGUCUUCUUACUUGGACAGACCCCACCAGAGGAUAAUUUUCCUGAUCUUUCAGACAUGAUAAAAUUUGAGAGUGAAACCCACCAAGACAUUCUCCUCUGGAACUACAGAGACACUUUCUUUAAUUUAACUCUGAAAGAGGUGCUGUUUCUUAAGUGGGUCAGCAGCAGUUGCGCAGAUGUCCAGUUUAUUUUUAAGGGUGAUGAUGAUGUUUUUGUGAAUACCCAUCAGAUCCUGGAUUACUUGAAGAGCUUAUCGAAGGAUAAAGCCAAAGACUUAUUUAUAGGCGAUGUGAUCAAAGAUGCUGGACCUCACAGAGAAAAAAAAUUGAAGUACUACAUCCCAGAAAGCGUUUAUGAAGGUUCAUAUCCUCCAUACGCAGGAGGCGGUGGGUUUCUGUACUCUGGUGAUCUGGCAUUAAGACUGAAUAAUGCAUCUGACCAGGUACUCCUUUACCCUAUUGAUGAUGUUUAUACUGGAAUGUGCCUUCAGAAGCUUGGGCUUGCUCCGGAAAAACACAAAGGCUUCAAAACAUUUGAUAUCGAAGAGAAAUACAGAAAUAACAUAUGUUCCUACACAAACUUAAUGUUAGUACAUAGUAGAAAACCUCAAGAAAUGAUUAAGAUUUGGACACGCUUGCAAGAUCCACACUUAAAUUGUUAAAGUAAUGUGCAUAAGUGUCUUAAGUCCAAAUAACUUUCCAAGUUUGGGUCUGACUUUCUUGGUGGACCAUUGAAGCUCUGUUUAAUAGUUUAAUUUUCUCUGGAAACUUUCUCCUGUACUUCUGAAAAUGAGAAUAAUACUAAAAUUUGGGGGGAUGGCUUGAAGACUUGGUCCUGACUUUUCCACUGUCCUGGUGGUCAUUAUGUUUCAAUCUUUGUCUUAAAUUAAUUUUAAAAAGGACUUCAAGGAUGUAACUAGCUGUCAGUGACUGGUUAGCUGUAUUGGAAACAGGGAUUGCCUACUACAAUGCAUCUUUCAUUAAUUGUGAUGGUGGAAGAUAAUUUUUCCUUGAGUAGUAUUUGUGUGUGGGUGUGUGGAAACCACUGUAAAUUGAAAAGUCACAAAUUGGAGGAAUAUAGUUUUACUUUACUUUAAGUAUGAAACACUCUCUUAUGGAGACUUUAACUAUUGAAUUUUUUUAAUUUAUAGUUUUCAGUCUUUUUGCACCCUGGAACAAUA